CACCUCACCUGCUACCUUGGCCUGCCCGCCCGCCCACCUACCUGGGCUGCUGAGGUACUAUUGCCUUACCACCACCACCUCAACCAUCAGUGGCCUGGCUGGGCUGGCUAUUACCCUACCACCAGCCAGCCAACCUUGCCUAGCCCCGUCCGCUGCUUUGGCAUCCACCGCACCCAUCCCGCAUCCCGCCAUCUCGCUCGACAAACCCACGUCACGUCACGACACGACUCUGCAUCGACGCUCCCGCCGUUCUCCCAUCGACCUCGCCCAGCUCCAACGACGGGGAGCCAUCGUCGUCCGCCGCAGCGCCUUACCCGCAGAGCCGAACCGUCCUGUCCCACCUCCCCCCUUGGCGUGAUCAGAGCUCUUCACCUCGCGAGCCCUUGUCGACGGAGGAGGUCCUUUCCACCCCCACGUCCUCCGCCAAACACCAAGCGCGCUCUGCCGCUUCGUUUCCCUACCAUCGUCGUUUUCGCCGUCACCUCCCGCUAUCGCUGCCCCCCAAGAUGGUUGACAGCGAAGCGAACUCACCCACGUGGAAGUUCACCCAGUGUUUCGGAGACAAGGGCGAUGUUGAGGAUAUCACUGAAGCCGACAUCAUUUCCACCGUCGAAUUCGACCACACUGGAAACUAUCUAGCUACCGGAGACAAGGGAGGACGGGUUGUUCUGUUUGAGCGGAAUGAGACUAAGAAGUCCUGCGAAUACAAGUUCCAUACCGAAUUCCAAUCUCAUGAGCCUGAGUUUGAUUAUCUCAAGUCGCUCGAGAUAGAGGAGAAAAUCAACAAGAUCAAAUGGUGCCGCCGCCAAAACGCCUCUCACUACCUGCUCUCCACCAACGAUAAGACCAUCAAACUCUGGAAGGUCUUCGAGAAGUCGCUCAAAGUCGUGGCAGAGAACAAUCUCUCACAGGAUGCCACGCCUGCAAAUGCUGCCGGUGGCGGCGGCGCCUCCCGUCCCCUUGCAACCUCUCAACAUUUUCGCAACGCAGCUGAUCUCAAGCUGCCGCGUCUGACACACCACGACACUGUGGUUGCCGCUGUUCCUCGUCGGACGUACGCCAACGCUCACGCCUAUCACAUCAACAGCAUCUCCGUAAACAGCGACGGAGAGACUUUCAUCAGCAGUGACGACUUGCGCAUCAACCUCUGGAACCUCAAUAUACAAGACCAAAGCUUCAAUAUCGUCGACAUCAAGCCCGCCAACAUGGAGGAACUGACUGAGGUCAUCACAGCUGCUGAGUUCCAUCCUGUUAGCUGUAACUGGUUCAUGUAUGCCAGUUCCAAGGGCACAAUCAAGCUUGCCGAUAUGCGCGAGAGCGCUUUGUGCGACCAGCACGCCAAACUCUUCGAGCAGGAAGAGGAUCCAUCGUCACGCUCAUUCUUCUCCGAGAUCAUAUCCUCCAUAUCUGAUGUCCGCUUCUCCCAUGAUGGGCGGUACAUCCUGUCCCGCGACUAUCUAACAGUCAAGAUCUGGGAUAUCAACAUGGAGCGACAGCCUGUGAAGACGAUACCGAUCCACGAGCACCUGCGACCGCGCCUAUGCGACACGUACGAGAACGACAGCAUAUUUGACAAAUUCGAGGUGGUCUUCUCAGGAGACGCAAAGAACGUCAUGACGGGCAGCUACAACAACAACUUCAUGAUCUACCCGUCAGACCCGGACAAGGAGGUCGAGGUGGUUCUCCAGGCGGACAAGUCGGCGUUCAAGGCCAAGAAAGUUGGAGUUCCUACACCAAUAAACGCUUCGACUAGCCCAACGACGAACGGAGGCAAGAAGAACGGCUCGAGAGCUGGCAGCCCAGCCGGUGGCGCCCAGAGGAUGCGCAAGGAGACGGAUGCCGAUCAGAUCGACUUCAACAAAAAGAUUCUGCAUAUGAGCUGGCACCCAUUCGAGGAUAGCAUUGCUAUUGCCGCGACCAACAAUCUCUUCGUCUUUUCAGCACUGUAAUCGGGAGCUCCCUGUGUCGGGGGGCAGGCCAUCAAAGAAGACUCGUUACGUCUUUUACCAGCGGUUGCAUCGGGUCAUGCAAUUGCAGGGGAGGCCGGGAGGCCGCCAUCGUUGUGAGCUGCCUUGUGAUCGGGACUCUCACGAUGUGGUUGACGCACCACUUGCGGCAGCCACGGAAGUGACUUGGAGCCCAUGACUCUGCCUGUGUGCCCGACCAGGAAAGACAGUGCCGCGUGGAUGGCAUCUGGUUGAAGCUGUAGGGGUGCUGCGGGUUUGGUCGGUAAAGCCAGAGGUGAAUAUGAGCGACAUGCCGCAUACAUGGUCGAGGACGAGAUGGCUGGAAGACGGGGACAGGAUAGAUGGCAAUACGCCUGCGGGUGAACCCACACGAGCAGGGCAACCCUGUGCUGGUGCGCUCUGUAGAGCAAUGUACGUGGCUCCCCUUUGCAGCCGCCAGGUGUCAGAGCGGGUGCCAGUCGUAUUCAAGUCUUUGGUGGCGGGUUAGGGAAUGGCAGGGCUACCAGGCGCAUCCGCACAGUUGCAGACAAAAGACCAACGACAGAGAUUUGAGGUACAAAACAACUUGUAACGCACACGGCCAUGUGGAUGUUCGUAUAGCAAGUCUCGGUGGCUCACCAGUUUUACUCCGAGAGCAGAUCCUCGAUGAUGCCAGAUGCAGCGACGAUAGCCUGCUGCACUGCAAUGACUUGACGUGACCUUCUGUAGGUACUACCUGGGUACAAGUUUAUAC